UACGCUCUCUUCUCCGUCGCGUCCUCGUGUACUGCUCGUGCGUCCGCUGUCCGCUCGCUUACGACAGUUCGUACUCUCUCUCUCUCUUUCUCUCUCUCUCGGCUGGUUGAGAAUAAUUCGUUCGAGAAUCCCUCUUUCGACGGCCGCGCACGGAUCAACUCGCACGCGGAAACGGACGCAUAAAUGCAUCUCUCUUGAUAACCGGGCGCAGCCGACCGAGAAGAUGUCGAGCGAGAAUGACAGCGAGAUGGAUUGCUCGGACUCCGACUGCGGGGAUACGGGCUAUGAGGACUAUUAUAACAUCCAGCCGUGGGGAGGCGACGUGGAUAACGACGUAGACCCGGAGCAAAACAGGAGAGAUCCUGAGUAUGCGGUGUACGAUUGUUUACGAGUCGAACAAGUGGAACGGCUUCUGAACGAAAGCGUAGAGGUCUUAAGUACUAGCCUUCAUGUCACGCCUUCCCUAGCCAAAGUGUUGUUGCACGCACACAACUGGGCAUCACAGGAUAUUGUCACUAAGUAUCGUACCAAUGCUUCCACUUUAUUAAUAAAUUCAAAGAUUAAGCCUACUCCGGAACAAGUGCCAGGAACAAAGAGUCAGCGGGGCGGCGUGUGUUUAGUUUGUGUCAUGGUUUGUCCCGCAGACAAAUUUGCUACACUCACGUGUGGACAUUCGUUUUGCAAAGACUGUUGGUGUAUGCAUUUUGAAGUACAAAUAACUCAAGGUAUAUCUACAGGUAUCAGCUGCAUGGCACAGGAUUGCGAUGUUUUAGCUCCAGAGGACUUUGUCCUCUCCUUACUUACUAAGCCUAACAUGAGAGAAAGGUAUCAGCAGUUUGCCUUCUGUGAUUAUGUCAAGUCUCAUCCACAACUUCGAUUUUGCCCUGGUCCAAAUUGCCAAAUUGUUUUGCGCUCCAAGGAACAACGAGCAAAGAGAGUCAAAUGUUCAUCGUGUAAAACUGUAUUCUGCUUCCGAUGUGGUAUGGAUUACCAUGCACCUACCGAUUGCAGUACAAUUAAAAAAUGGUUAACGAAAUGUGCGGAUGAUUCGGAGACGGCGAAUUACAUUAGUGCUCAUACCAAAGAUUGUCCAAAAUGUCAUAUCUGCAUAGAGAAGAACGGUGGCUGCAAUCAUAUGCAAUGUUACAAUUGUAAGCAUGAUUUCUGCUGGAUGUGCCUUGGAGAUUGGAAAGCACAUGGUAGUGAAUAUUACGAAUGUUCCCGUUACAAGGAGAAUCCAAAUAUCGCGCAUGAGAGCGUUCACGCACAAGCGAGAGAAGCUCUGAAAAAGUACCUUCACUAUUACGAGCGAUGGGAGAAUCAUAGCAAAUCAUUAAAGUUGGAGGAGCAAACGUUAGAGGGGAUUAAGAUGAGAAUUAAUAAUAAAGUGAUGAAAGCUAGUGGUACAUGGAUAGAUUGGCAACAUCUAUUUGAGGCGGCGUCGCUUUUAGCGCGUUGUCGUUAUACUUUACAGUAUACGUAUCCGUAUGCCUAUUACAUGGAAUCUGGUCCGCGCAAAGAACUGUUUGAAUAUCAACAAGCUCAAUUAGAAGCAGAAAUAGAGAAUCUCUCAUGGAAGAUUGAACGAGCGGAAACAACAGAUCGAGGAGAUUUAGAAAAUCAAAUGGACAUUGCAGAAAAGCGUCGUGUUACUUUAUUGAAGGAUUUCCUCGAGUAAGACAAUGGAAUGCGACAAUGUAAAGACUAAAAGGAUUUUGUCUGAGUAUUAUCAGUACAGAAAAUAAUUUAGCAGCGCCAUGUCCUCAAUCAUUGGUUGAAUCUGAUAUGACAUAGAGAUUGUAACAAUAUCAUGUACAGUAGUAUUGGUUUCACACACAAAGACGAAUUUUUUCACGUUUUACCAAAAUAAUCUUUAGGAUAACUUGGCUUAUGCGGCGACAAAGACUAGACUUUACUUAAAUUCCAAAAAUAUUAUUAUCAUGACGAAAUCGAUAAGGAAAGUAUUAACCGUAUCGAUGACUGAUUUAUCAAUGAUAAAUUCGAUGAUGAAAGCGUAUAUCCUUUUCCUAGUCUAAGAGUAUUUUUCAAAAGCGCGCCACAACGGAACGCUCCUUUUCCUUUUCUGAUUCUAUAUUCACCCAAGUAUACAAAAGACGCAAUUCAACAAAUAAAGCAAUUCAGUAAGCGUUCAAUGAUUUUUUAAAUAUGAUUGAUUCUUAUUUUUAAUUAAUUUAUAUAUUGAAUCUGAAUAUAAAAACCAAUCAUAAUAAAGAAUCUGGAUAAAUAAAAAAAAAUGGACUUAUAUUCUGAUACUAUAAUAUCACAUACGAAAAUACACUACGAUAGUAUUUUCUUACGCAAUAUUUUUCGAGAAUAAAGCUCCUGAGAACGCUCACUGAGCUUUGUCUGCUGAACGCAGUUAUACAUUUCUACUGACGCUAAUCGCACAGUUCGAUAGAAGGCACUGCAUAGGCGGUGAUACGAAAAGUAUCAGAGGACCGUACUACGUCUUUACUGCUGUUCGCGAUCCUCUCUCUGAACCUUAUUCGAAGUAUUGUUAAUGCUUAAGAUAUCUUUACGCCCAAUGAUCGACUAAAGAAAGAAAGAAA